AUGGCGGCAACACAAAAGCAGACAUAUCUUUCCGUGUGCAAGCAGCUAAAUGAGCCUCCUCUUCGCCAGCUUUUAGAGACCUUGGAGUAUGGUGAUGCAAGGCUAGACGUUAGCGGAAUUUACUUACCACGGAGGCACUUUCGCUGCUUUUUACAUUUUAUCGAGGAGCGACCCGACAUAGAAGAGCUAAUUUUGGACGGCGUGGACGUGGGUGUGAAGGAGGCAAAGCUACUGAAAGAGCACCUGCUGUCUUCUUGCGUGACGAAGCUGAGCUUGCAACGGAUAAAACUGGAUUCUGCAAGCGCCAAUAUAAUUCGCCAACUCUGCAUUGAAAACUCGAACUUGGUGUCUGUUAUGCUGCCUGAGACAUAUCUGCCUUCCUAUCUAGUCGAUGAAAUCAUGCUGAUUGUCGACUUGAAUCGCUUAAAUGUGGAAUCGCUGCGCUCCACGAAUACUGCAGGGGUGCUACAGGGAACAUCUACUAUUGCAAGAUGGAAACUUUGUAGGGGGAAAAAAGAUCACAGCUUUUCUUCAGCUCUGCAGCUGUCAUCUAGUGAGACGAAGAGAGUGGUUGACGAUUUUGUUACAUCAUACAAGUCUGUUUUUAUCGAUUUCUCUUUUCAACCAGACACUUUCAACCACCCUGUUGCAGGGAUUGAAGCAAUUCGGUGGAGUACAUACUGUGGACUGAGCAUGUUUCACAAAGGUGAAAGGGAUGGAUCAAAAGGGCUUUUCUCGCCAUCGUCUCACUAUAACAACCAGAAUUUGUGCGCCACUUUGAAUAUUCUCCGCUUUUACGAUAUCCUCAGCAAAUCUUUGCUGCUAGAGCGAUAUCCCCAGCCUGGGUUGUACGUCUUCCGCCUUUUUGUUGACGGAUUACCUGUUGAGAUAUGCGUUGACGAUUUAGUGCCAUGCGUUUAUGUAAAUGGGAGGUGCAUCGUUGUCGGAUUGAGUUCUUGCUGUAGUCCGUUUUAUGCCGCCAUUCUCGAGAAGGCCGUUGCAAAAGCAAUCGGUGGUUAUCGGUACCUCCAAGAAUUAUUGUUAUGCGACUACAUCGAGCUUCUUACAGGUUGCACAUGUUUCGAAGUGAAUUUAUUGAGGCGAUCACCGAUUUCUACCACUUUUGACACGCUACGAAGCUUGAACGAGGAUGGCCACAAGUUGGUCGCGUAUGCUAUCCCACGUACCUUGAUUGAGGAGCGGAUUCUAGAGGAUAGCGGCAUGUGUUGCAGAAUUCCAUUCACUAUUUUAAAAACUGAUAUCUGCCAAAAACAUGAUGCUCACUAUGUUUUUUUGGUUCAGCUGGCUGCCCCGUUGACUGGAAGGCUCCUCAAGUACGCAUUCGAGUAUGGAAUAUACAAAACGGAGGAGGUGAACGGGAAUUGUGUUUUCUGGCUGACCUUUGAGAACUUUGCUGCUGUGUUUGAGCGAGUGUUUCUUCUUCUGUGGCCUUUCGACGACGCUGUAUUAAAUCAUAAAACGACUGUGGAGUUCCAAGCGGCGAGCGAAUUUCUGUCUGUAUCUUCUCAAUUUGCCAAGAACUCCAGCUUUUUGAUUCAAAACGAAGGAGGCAGCUCAACUCCGGUUAUGGUGUCGUUAGUCGCUUCUUCCGCACCUCACACUCAAAUUGGAGCACAAUGUCUUUUUUACAAGGGUGUUGGCGCUGGGAAUGAAGCUUCCAAACGUCGCUACAAUGUGUCUAAAAACAACGCAGUUUUUGAAUCAGAGGAGUUUGAAGGGAAUGAGGGCGCAGUUUUUUUCAACCUUCUCCCCGCAGAGUGCCUGCAGAUGACUCUUUCUUCGCAUGUACCCAGCAGUUUCAGAAUUCGAAUAUCUGCAGUGGGGAAUGUCAGUGGAAUUCAGCUGCCUGACACAAUGGUGUCGUUGACUUUUUCUGGAAAGUGGAAUACGCUCCUUAAAGCAAAGCGAUUUUCUGACGAUAUUUUGCGACUUCGCACGAUUGAUGGUGAGCGCACUAUCAGCCUUGUGCUUGCUCUCUCUCAAGCCACUGGCGACAGUCCUCCUUUCCCACACGGAGUGCUUGGUUGGAACGGUACGUCUACCAACGUUGUUGAUACAACCAAACCAGGGUUUUCCACCCAACAGGAAAAGAACACUCUCUGCGUACACAGCUUUGUGCUUACUCUUGCUGCAGGUGAAAGUAUCUUUCUCCUUCCUUAUUGCUGCGGAGGUCGAUGUCCUGAUGGUUAUGAUCUUACGGUUUUCUGCGAGGAGAGGUUUGCCCAGAGCAGAGUGAAAACGACCUCUGUACUGUGA